CGUUUUAAGGUAAAACGCUCUUCUUCAUUCUUCAAGUAUACACUAGCACUAUCUUCGCUGUUGGCUCCUCAAAACAGUGAGUUCGUGCUUCCUCCAAGAUAAGGUUUUUGCAUUUCCUUGCUAUUAGGAAGCUCAUAAAGGAUUCACGUUUAUGUGCUUAUUGAUUGGCGUUAAUAAACUUAGGAACUGGGAAAGACAAGAUUUUGUUGUUGUUGGGUUGCAUGCUCAAAACCUGGUUGUGUUUUGGUUUGAUUUUCUUUUUGUUUGGAUGACAAGGUGAAAAAGUAUGGAAGGGUUAUUGAAUUCUAUGUUUCACCAAAGUUGUUUGAAACCCUUUGGUUUCACUCCAAGGCUUGGUUGUGGUUGCACUUUCCCUGUGAUCACAAGAACCGGGUAUUUGAAUAGGAAACUUAAGCCGUUUAUGUUGAGAAGUGAUUGCACUAGAUUAGGUAGAGACACCGGUACUGGCUCCAGGGAAGCUAGCAUUGCUGCAGUGAAGGAUAAUGAUGAUAGAGGAGAGGAAUCUGAUGUGGAUUGGGAAUCGGAGUUCAUCGGGGAACUUGAUCCGUUUGGUUACCGGGCUCCCAAGAAGAGGGUGAAAGAGCAGAAGUCUAAGCUGCUUGAAGACACUGAUGGAAUGGAUUGGUGUGUGAGGGCAAGGAAGAUGGCAGUUAGGUCGAUUGAAGCAAGGGGCAUGGCUCAAAUGAUGGAGGAUUUGGUUGCCUCCAAGAAGAAAAAGAAAAAGGCUAAGAAGAAAGUUGAAACCAAGAAGAAGAUUGUUGAGAAAUUUGAGCAUAUAGAUGAUCUUGAUGUUGAUUAUACCUCCGAGGAAGACUUCAUGCUGCUGGAGAAUCCAGAAACAAUCGAUGAUGUUGGUGUUUUGGAAAGGAAGGUGCGUUCGCUGGCCGAUGGAAUGUUUUUAGAGAGAAAGGAGAAAAGCAUGGAAGAGUUUGUAAAUAAGCUAUCCCAAUUCUCUGGGCCUUCUGAUCAUCGGAAAGAAAUCAAUUUGAAUAAAGCAAUUGUAGAAGCACAGACUGCAGAGGAUGUAUUGGAUGUUACUGCUGAGACAAUUGUUGCAGUUGCAAAAGGUCUAAGCCCCUCGCCUCUUUCCCCUUUGAACAUUGCUACUGCCCUUCAUCGCAUUGCUAAGAAUAUGGAGAAAGUUUCUAUGAUCACAACUCGAAGGCUGGCUUUCGCCCGACAAAAAGAGAUGUCUAUGCUUGUGGGGAUUGCAAUGACAGCCUUACCUGAAUGCUCGGCACAAGGAAUCUCUAAUAUAUCUUGGGCAUUAUCCAAAAUUGGAGGCGAACUGCUAUAUUUUUCAGAGAUGGAUAGGAUUGCGGAGGUCGCAAUGACCAAGGUUGGGGAAUUCAACUCUCAAAAUGUUGCUAAUAUCGCAGGUGCUUUUGCCUCAAUGCAACACUCUGCUCCUGAACUUUUUUCAGAGUUGUCGAAGAGGGCUUCUGACAUAAUUCACACCUUCCAAGAGCAAGAACUAGCACAGCUUUUGUGGGCUUUUGCGUCUCUAUAUGAGCCUGCUGACAUUGUAUUUGAUUCUUUAGACAGUGUCUUUGCUGAUCAUUGCCAACUGAAAGCUCGCAAUGGUGAAAACACACCAAAUAAUUAUGGUCAAAUCAGUGUCAAUAGAAGUGGUGCCUCAAAUGGAUCUCUUGAUUUUCCUACACUCACUUUAAGUAGGGAUCAGCUUGGAACUAUAGCUUGGUCCUAUGCUGUCUUCGGACAAUUGGAUAGGAGUUUCUUCUCGCAUAUCUGGAAAACCCUAAGCCACUAUGAGGAGCAAAGGAUUUCAGAGCUAUAUAGAGAGGAUAUCAUGUUCGCUUCUCAAGUUCAUCUUGUAAACCAGUGCUUGAAGCUUGAAUUCCCCCAUCUUCAGUUAUCAUUAUGCCAUGAGCUUGACGAAAAAGUUGCUCGUGCCUGUAGAACUAAAAGGUUUAAUCAGAAGAUAACAUCAUUGUUUCAGAAAGAUGUUGGGCGUCUUCUUGUUAAUACUGGCCUUAAUUGGGUCAAAGAAUAUGUUGUGGAUGGGUACACAUUGGAUGCUGUGAUAAUUGAUAAGAAACUAGCUUUGGAGAUUGACGGUCCAACUCAUUUCUCUAGAAAUAUUGGUGUGCCUUUGGGACAUACCAUGCUAAAACGUCGAUACAUUACUGCUGCUGGGUGGAAAGUUGUAUCAUUAUGCUAUCAAGAGUGGGAGGAACUUGAAGGAUCAUCCCAACAAUUGGAGUACCUUAGAAGCAUUCUCAAAGAUCACUUAAACGAAGGAAAUGCCAACACUACAUUGACCGAGGUAAAGUGAAUAAUUGAUCAUCAAAUGUUCUUCACUUCUUUUUGAAGCAUUAGGAAGAUAUACAAAACUUAGACUGAUCAUGUUUCCUGUUGAGAAAUUAGUAUAGGGGAUGUAUAUUUGCCAGAAAUAUUAAAUCUCAAAAGCAUAUAAAUGCCAUAAUUCUUUUUC